CGGUCUAGGCAGCGAGCUGGUCCAUUUUAUCGACGUUUGCAAGGAGAAGAAUACCUUAAGACAUGUGUUGCCCUCUAUAAGUAUGCACUAAAGGGCGAUUGGGAAGCUGCGGAACGAAUCUUGAAAAAGGAUACGAAACUUCUGAGAGCAAGCAUAUCUAGAGGAUAUGAAACAGUCCUUCACGUUGCAGCAGGGGCAAGACGUAUUCAUUUUGUGGAGAAACUGAUCAGCAUGAUGAACGUAGAGGAUUUGGCACUGCAGGACGUAAAUGGAAACACUGCCUUGUGUAUUGCCGCUGCGGCUGGAUCUCUAGACAUUGUCCAGAUUUUGAUACAAAAGAAUAAGUCUUUGCUAUCGAUUCGAGGCGGUAAAGAUAUGACACCAGCCUACAUGGCUGUUGUGUUGGGACAGUCAGAAAUGGCAUGGCACCUGUACGCUGAAAGUAACACGAUGUUGGAGAAAACAGACCGCGAAAACUUGUUUUUUUCUUGCAUCAACAAUUGUUUGUAUGAUUUGGCCUUACCGUUGCUAAAUGAUGAUAGAACAUUAGCGACUGCACGUACUAAAUCGCAGAAAUAUAAAACAGCCUUGCAUAUAUUGGCUAGAAGGCCUUCAGCAUUUGGUGGCAGCCAAAGUCCAGGAAUGUGGAGUAGACUUACUAACUCAUGUGAGUGA